UGCGCCGUCCGCGGCUCGCUUCCGCCCAUCCGCCAGUGCACCUACGCGCUCGUGCAGGUUCGGUUUCACGGCUGCCCGUGAAGCAAGUGCGAUCGACGACGACGGCGACGGCGACGACGGCGACGCGAGUUGAGAACGCGUGAUCCUCGCGGAAGAAACGCGCGCGAGGCGUCGUGGGAGGACGAGGCGAGGCAGGGACGAGGCGAGACACAUCGCGACGCGGCGCCCAGGCGAUCGCGGUCACCGUCACCGUGACGAUGGGUGGCUACGCGAGCAGGAUCGCGUCGAUGUCGAACCUGGCGGUGCACAACGUGUACCGCGGCUGCAAGCGCAAGUACAUCGAGGAGUACGACUGCGAGUCGGAGUCCGAUUACAUCGAGCGGACACUGCACACGCCAAAAAAGAGAAAAUUGCUGACGACGGCGCAGUACAUAUACAAGACCCUGUUCCAAGAGGAGAAAGGCAGUGACAUAACUGUCCUCAUACUCGGACGCGCAUGGAGAUUGCAUAAAGUUUAUAUUAGUCAGAGUCCAUAUUUUGCUAGCAUGUUUUCCGGUUCGUGGAGAGAAGCUAACGAAAAAGUCAUCAGUGUCGAAAUCACAGAUCCUAAUAUUACGAUAAAUUCGCUGUCAGUGGUGUUGGGUUCGUUGUACCAGGACGAGGUCAGUUUGGAGCCGAAGGAGGUGGUUUCUAUUCUGGCAACGUCCACGCUGUUUCAAUUGCAAGGCUUAAUAGACGAGUGUGUGGACAUAAUGAUAGAGACCACAAAUAGCGAGACUGUUGUGCGGUAUUAUAACGCAGCUGCGUCGUACGGUGUGUCUACUGUGAAAGCAGCUGCGAAACGGUGGCUGGAAGUCAAUCUAUUGGGUUACGGUUGGCGACAUCCGGCCUUUCUGAAGGAAAUUUCCCCAGGCUUGAUGACAGAAUUGGUCGCCAGUCCGGAUUUGGUCGUUUUGCAGACAGAAUUCUGCAUAUACAUGAUGUUGCGCUUAUGGUUAUUCGCGCACACACACAAUUACGAGGAGACGCCAAAAAUUGACGAGUACUUCAAAAAUCACAAGUGGACUGAACCGUUUUUGACGACCAAGGAGGGCAGGGAGUACGCAGCGCCUUUUAAAGCGCUGAAGAUGAAGUAUCUGCUGUUGCACGAACAAGACGACAAGAUUUUGUACAAUGACAAUUUAAUACCACCGGACUGGUUGCACAGUGCUUACAGAGAGCAGUGGCUUCACUUGUUAAGAGUGGAUGGAAAUAAAGACAGAGGUCCGGCGCAAAUGACGGAGGAGGAGUUUUCCAAGGAGUGCUUUCGGUGCGGUAGAUGCGUCGAGAAACCAGGCGAGCACAUUUGGCGAUGGAAGGCAUUCCACUAUGGACUAGAUUUACUAAUGACCUUAGACACAACUAGCCUGCGGAUUGAGAGAAAUCACAGAAUGGACUGCGAGCAUAUCAAGGCGAAUCACAAGGAGCACAAAAUACUAAUAAAAGUCUGCCUAUUUUCACUGAAUGAACAACGCCAGGUGAAACAUGUCCAGGACUCGCGUAUGCUGAGAUUACGUUUGAGGAGAAACACAGAGCAUCCUUUUCAGCACGAGAUAAUGACUCUGGACAAACAGUUAUGUUAUCCUCUGUACAUAUCGGUCAACAUGCAACUAGUCACUCCACUCACAUUGGGAGAAGAGGACACGUCGACCGACAUACUUUCGGAUACUUAGCAUUUCGAGAAUGUAAUGCUCUAUGAAUAUGUAAAGAUAAAGGACAUGGGAUCCAACUGACGCUUUGUAACAUAUUCUAUUUAAUUACGAAUGUUAGACCAAGUUCGUAGGCACACGUUACUAUUUGGCACAACACUUAAAUAGAAAGAGACAUAGAUCUCCAAUAGAAACUUUUUUUUUUUCUUCGUGGAGAUACACAAAAUCUAUUCCUACCGUAUUCAUUUAUAAGUUCUUUAGUCAAUUUGGCGUCGACUUUUCCUCAAUGAAAACAUUUCAUAACUUUUAUUAAAUUAACAGCAAAUAACAAACGAAUUAACAUCAUCUAAAUAAAUAAUAAAGUCAUGCUCUUGCAAUAAUUUUAAACAGAUUUUAAUAAAAUUUUUAUACGUUAUCAAGAUAUAUAUAUUAGAAAAUUGAGGAAAGUCAUAAAUGUGCAAUUUAAUAUUUAUAAUAAGAAAAACGAGCUAUGUUCAAAUUGGCUAAAGAAGUUGCCAUUAAAAAGUAAUACGGCAGGAUUGAAACUUUCGAUACACACUUGUAUAUCAAUGUACAUUAAUGCAGUUGAUGCGGUUGAUGCAUUUAAUGUGGUUCACAUUAAUUAUAGUGGUCAUUCCAAGCUUUAGUCACUAGGUAGAUUUUAAUCUUUCUUCGUAUACUGAGAGAGACAUCGUGGUGUGUAAUAACGCUAUUAAAUAAUAUUUUAAUGUGAUCGUUCCUAGACACGUUUUGACUGAUUAAUCUUGCAUCGCAGAUAAAUCGAAUACAAUGCAUAAUCAAAAUUCCGCUCGUAUCUCUUCAGUAUCUUGAUUCGUCUCUGUAAUUGGUUUGUAACUUCGCAAAUGCCAAAUUAUUCUAUUAGAAUAUUAUAUUAGAUGAGGGCCGACUGUUUUUUUCGAUGUCCAUUGACUUUAACUAAUCGUACGAUCUCUGUCUUUUCCCGUAGUCGAGCAAGAAGCGAAGAAUCUGUAAUUAAAGUUAAUUGAUAUCGAAAAGCGGAGCGUUUAUCGAGAUCGAAAUUUAUUAGCAAGUUACCUGUUUACACACGCUUUUAGUUCGAAAUAGUUUACACUUCAUUUGCAAGACUGUUCGCAUCUCGUGUGUCAUUAUUGCAGUAUUAAAUUUUUAUUUACAUUACUGAAAGUUUCAUAAAAAAGAACUGAAGGACUUGAAAAUACGUCACAUUUUUUUUCUUACGUUGUAUUCACUAUUCGUAAGAACGUAAUUGAGAGAGAAAACGUGGAUAUUUUAUUUAAACGUGUUAUUUGGGGAAAUGGUCGAACGCUCUUCCGUCUUCCUGUCAGCAAAGAGUUUUCUUCGAUUCUGGUGCCUUUUUAAUAUUUACUAAAAAGGACGAAACUAAUGCGUAAAAGCGACUAACUUUCAUAAUACGCAUAAGAUAAUAAAUUUUGUAGCAUUUUCUUUUGUAAAAGUUUUCUUACUACGACAGCUGUUUCGAUGAAAUUAUAAUAAAAAUGUAAACACGUAA